AAAAUGUUCAACCGACUGCGUAUGCGCAAGGAGAAACCGUCGAAAUCGGAAACGAUUUCCACGGCCACCACCGCCGCCAUACAGGAUGCGGCCAAGGAUAACAACAGGCUGAUCCUUGACAAUAGCCGUUGGGAGAGACGCCUGCAGAAAGAACUGAUGUCGUUAAUCAAGGAACCCCCGCCAGGAGUGUCUGUGGAUGAGGAUAGUGUCAGCCAAAAUCUAACUCAGUGGAUUAUCAACAUCGACGGUGUGGAAGGAACGUUAUACGAAGGUGAACACUUCCAGCUGCUGUUUAAGUUUAACAACAAGUAUCCGUUCGACUCGCCGGAGGUAACGUUCAUAGGCUCCAAUAUACCAGUUCAUCCGCACGUUUACUCGAACGGACACAUCUGCCUGUCGAUCCUUACGGACGAUUGGUCCCCAGCGUUGUCAGUACAAUCAGUCUGUCUUAGUAUAUCGUCGAUGUUAAGUAGCUGUCGAGAGAAGCGGCGCCCGCCAGAUAACGGGAUCUACGUGAAGACUUGUAACAAAAAUCCUAAGAAAACCAAAUGGUGGUACCACGACGAUUCCGUGUAGAAGACAGCGUUUGCAUACGCCUGGCCGCUAGCUUGAUGCGACAUACGGCGGCCGAUGUUCAGUCGAUUCCAACGCUUAAUUUUAUUCGACACGACAACACGAAUCGCCAACAUCGGCCGCAUGGACGAACGAAUAGAAACUAGCGCCUAAAAUGUAGGUUGUUAUUCUUUGGAACAUUCAAUCAAAACAGUAUAUGUAAGGAAAGGUUGCGCUACUGGUUGCGGAAUGUCACAACGAUACGUACGCUUUGCUGCCACGGCAAACCACGGCAGUCUGUGGAGGAGCAUUAACACUAUGACGUCCCGUGCCGUGUCACACCUUAUAGGAGUAAUCUGUCGAACUACCUUCAGGUCGUUAAACCUGACGAUAAUACUAGUUACAGCUCAGAGUUUAUGAUUUGUGUGGAGAUGAAACCCCGACACGAUAAGCGGCGCCGAGGGGUGGCAUUAUAUUCUGAGCGAGUUGUUAUCUUGGCGGAGGAAUUUCGGCAAACAAAUGGUACGCGGACGCCAUAGUGUUAGGGUUCACGUUUGUCGAUCACCAUUUGAGAUUUGGUUUCGUCUUUCUACCAGCGGCAGGGACCAGACCGGCACAAAUGCUUGCGUUUUUGCUCCCACCUAUCAGCAUAACGACAAAAAACAAAACAACUAAAGCAAUCGGUAUGGACAGUCAUGAAGAAAGUAUGGGAGUUUUGAGUGAUAAAUGCAAACAAAAAGCAAACAUAUAUACAUGUAUGUAAGUCAAGGGAUAGCAUAAAAGAAGUAGGCGCUGUAAAAAUAUUUAAAAAGAUCAAUCAAAUGUAGUCUGUUUAAUUACCGUAGUAUUGAUAGUGUAAAAUUGCUCUGAAUGCGUACUAGUUGUAUUUAUUACUGCUCUACUAGCCACAUAGUUCUGGGUCCCUCCCUGUUUUGGUACACACAUGUAAUUUUCCAUUGCUUUGGCCGUAACGGACACAACACAAAAGUCAAAGGAUUUGUUUUAACAUUAGCAUGUAGAGUUUAUUGUUUGGAUGUAAGGGUGAUCGAAUCGAUAAGAAUAGAAUAAAAUGCAAGCAAUUUUACUUAACAUA